AUGAAAAUUGGAACCUGGAACGUGAGAGGAACUUUUGAGGAGGGAAAAUUAAAGCAUAUUGUAAAUGAAUUAAAAAAGGGUAAUUUUGACGCAGUUGCACUACAAGAAACGAAACAAUUAGGGGAACUGGUAAUGGAAAUAGGGGGCUAUAUAUUUAUAAAUAGCGGGGGAAAGGAUAGACUACUGGGCACAGGGUUCCUAGUAAGGAAGGAACUAAAAGAGUUAGUAGUACAGUAUAAAUUAGUUUCAAAUAGGAUAUGCCUUUUAAGGCUUAGAGGAAAGUAUCAAAAAAUAACUUUUUUGAACAUACAUGCACCACACGAAGAAGCGGAUCUAGGGAGCAAGGAAGAAUUCUAUAACGAAUUGGAUAGAUUAUACGAAGAGAUUCCAAAGUAUGAUAUGAAAAUUUUGUUGGGGGAUGCAAAUGCAAAAAUAGGUAGGGAGGAAAUGUAUAAACCCACAAUAGGAGAUCAUAGCAAACACGAAGUAACCAAUGAAAAUGGAAAAUUCUUAAUUGAUUUUGCAAAGGAAAAGAACCUGAUUAUAAAAAGUACAUACUUCCAAAGGAAAGAAAUAUACAAAGGAACAUGGAGAUCACCAGAUGGGAAAACAAUAAAUCAGAUAGACCACAUUGCAAUAGAAAAGCCGGAGGUAAAAUGCAUUAAAAAUAUAAGGACUUAUAGAGGUUUAGACGCAGAUACGGAUCACUUCAUGGUAGGAGCAAAACUAGAUCAACAGAUACCAGAAACUAGAAACCAGAGGAGGGAAAAAAUAAGAAAUAGAGUAGUUGUUAGGCCAGGAACCAGAGAGGAAAAAAUAGAAUAUGAAAGCAAUCUAAGUAGAGAAUUAAGUAGCAGUAAUAAUACUAAUGAAACGACAACUAUAGAAGAAAUGUGGGCAGGACUAAAAACAAAAAUAGUAAGAGCAGGUGGAAAAUACAGAAAAAAAGUGAGGAAACAGGAAAAAAAAAUGGUUUGA